UUUUGACAGCGGGACUUUUACCCGGAAAAUACUGACUUUAGCUACACAUGAAUCGUCGGUAGUCUAAGGUCCUGGAACCAGGUUUGCGAGUGAUUUAAACAAAAUCUCCCCCUGUGCAACUUCGUGUUCAAUUUUUGCCUGAACUGCAGGGUGAUGUUGAAGAGUGUUUUCAGGUGCCUUAGGACCAACCCUGUUGCUGGCCAUAGAAGCAUGUCUCAGAGCAGCCUUGCUGGAAAAGUAGCCAUAGUCACUGCCUCCACAGAUGGAAUCGGUCUGGCUGCAGCUCAGGCUCUGGGAAAGAGGGGAGCCCAUGUGGUGGUGAGCAGCCGGUGGCAGACCAAUGUGGACAAGGCUGUGGCACUGCUGCAGAGCCAGAGCAUCCAAGUGACUGGGACCACUUGUAAUGUUGGCAAAGGAGAGGACAGAGAAAAACUAGUUCAAAUGACUCUGGAGAAGUGUGGGGGUAUUGAUAUCCUGGUGUCCAACGCAGCAGUCAACCCUUUCUUUGGAAACAUCAUGGAGUCCACAGAGGAGGUCUGGGACAAGAUCCUGUCUGUAAAUGUGAAAGCAAGCUUCCUCAUGACAAAGCUGGUGGUGCCUCACAUGGCAAAGAGGGGAGGGGGAAAUGUAGUUUUUGUGUCAUCUGUGGCUGGAUACCAACCAAUGCAGGCUUUGGGUCCUUAUAGUGUUAGUAAGACAGCCUUGUUGGGUCUGACCCGAGCCCUGGCUCCUGAGCUGGCUCAGGAUAACAUAAGAGUCAACUGCGUGGCCCCUGGAGUUAUUAAGACCCGGUUCAGCUCUGCGUUAUGGCAAAAUGAAGACAUCAUGGACGAUUUCAAAAGGCAGCUCAGCAUUAAAAGAGUUGGAGAGCCAGAGGAAAUCGGUGGAGUGAUCGCCUUCCUAUGCUCUGAGGAGGCUUCUUAUAUCACUGGAGAGACCAUCACAGUGACUGGAGGGAUAGGCUGUCGACUCUGAACCUCCGGUGACAACAAAACAAAGUUGCACUUAAUUAUGCGUAAUUAUUUUUGAUCACUUCCAUUAUUCCUCUGAGGUGUUGACACAGCAGUCAUACAUGUAUAGCAAGAUGUUUAAAAGCAUAAUACACCAGGAAACUGUGACAUCAACCACCUACUGAAGGUUUUGUGUGAGAGAGGUUCAAGAGCAUGAUUCAUCUUUGUGCAAUCAUUUACCAAUGUGAUCCAAUGACACUUAAGAGACAGUGAAUGAAAAGUUAAAUAAUAAAAGUGACACAUUUUUCUUGUACAAAACAAAAACAAAAACCUUUAUUAAUGGAGUAUAUUACAUAUUACAAGUUUAAAAUGUUUACAAAAGGUACACAUUUGCAAGAUUAAAAAUUAAUAGAUACUGUAUCUUUAUUUACAAACAAAAUGUAUUUCAUUGAUAAUGGCGAUGACAAUCAGUGCCAUUUCAGGGCGUUUUCCAUGAUUACUCACCACUUUUUAAGCUAAACUGAUUCAGCUACAGUUACAACAUAAAUCAAGACAAAUAUAAGUAAUGAUUUUUAAUAAAAAUCAGCCACAGCGGCUGCUGGUGCAUUACAAAUAA